AUGUCAACACCAUUGACAAAUUCACAUUUGAGAAUAUUGGAUCUUAUUUCCAUAGAAAACAAGUGUGAUGUUAAAUUAUCUACUGAAUAUAAUAGCAAGUCUGACAAAAUUUUAAUAGAUAUUGUGCUAAAUGAGAAAAAAGUGCAGUUUCAAGUUGAUACGGGCGCAUCAUGUUCGCUAAUUGGACUGCAGACAUAUUCACUAUUGGGAAAACCAAAGUGCGAAGCUACCAACAAAGUAUUGAGAGCUUACGGGGGAGGUUUGAUUGACGUGAAGGGUGCUAUUAAAGUAAACGUUGAGUGGAAGGGCAUCGUCAAACAAAUGACAUUGCUCGUCGUGGAUUCACAUGAGGCCUCCAACAUUCUCGGUAUGGAUUGGUUUGGAGCAUUGCAUUUCAAAUUAUAUAAUAAUGAUCAAAAUGAAGACGAAGUCAUCUCUGAUAUUCAGGGUCAGGCAUCGUCGAACGCAUUGACCACUUCUCUAAAAGAAAGCACCCAGCAGUUUGCUGAUAUAUUUUCGCCAACUUUGGGCUCGUGCACAACGUUCAAAGCUAAUAUUAGGUUGAAACCUAACGCUUCACCGAAAUUUUUCAGACCUUAUAACUUGCCAUUUGCCUUACAUGCUGAUGUACGUGCAGAAAUUGAUCGACUUGUAAGUACAAACAUUCUUAAACCAAUAGGUACAUGUGAAUGGGCGGCACCUAUAGUGGUUGUGAAAAAGCCAGACGGCAAGCUAAGAAUCUGUGCGGAUUUUAAAGUGGGUGUUAAUUCUCAAAUCGAAGUCGACCGGUACCCCAUUCCUCGCAUUGAAGAGCUUUUUCAUAACCUACAAGGUGGUCAGUAUUUUACGAAAAUCGACUUAAGUGAGGCAUAUUUGCAAAUAGAGUCGACCGAAAUGUCAAAACGGUUUAUGGUCAUAACAACACCAUUUGGUUUGUUCCAAUUUCAAAGAAUGCCUUUUGGCAUUUCAAGCGCUCCGGGCUUAUUUCAAAAAUUUAUGGAAGAGGUAAUCGCGGAUAUUCCUCACUGCGCAGUGUAUCUGGACGAUAUUAUUGUGACGGGUAAAAACGAUAUCGAGCAUAUUCACAACGUUAAUAAAGUUUUCCAACGGCUACGCCACCACGGAUUACAGUGUAAACUAGAAAAGUGA